AUGGCAGGGACAGCGCGCCAUGACCGGGAGAUGGCAAUCCAGGCCAACAAGAAACUCGCCACAGCCACCGACCCCAUUGAGAGACUCCGCUUACAGUGCCUGGCCAGGGGCUCCGCAGGCAUCAAAGGACUGGGCAGAGUGUUUCGGAUCAUGGAUGAUAAUAAUAACCGAACCCUGGAUUUCAAAGAAUUUGUAAAAGGGUUAAACGAUUAUGCUGUGGUCAUGGAAAAGAAAGAGGCAGAAGAGCUUUUCAGGAGAUUUGAUAAAGAUGGAAACGGAACCAUAGAUUUCAAUGAAUUUCUUCUUACUUUGAGGCCUCCUAUGUCCAGGGCCCGAAAAGAGAUAAUUAUGCAAGCUUUUAGAAAGUUAGACAGGACUGGAGAUGGUGUUAUAACUAUUGAAGAUCUUCGUGAGUUAUAUAAUGCAAAACACCACCCAAAGUACCAAAAUGGAGAGUGGUCGGAGGAACAAGUAUUCAGGAAAUUUCUGGAUAACUUUGACUCACCUUAUGACAAGGAUGGAUUGGUGACCCCCGAGGAGUUUAUGAACUACUAUGCAGGAGUGAGCGCUUCCAUAGACACCGACGUGUAUUUCAUCGUCAUGAUGAGAACUGCCUGGAAGCUCUGA